AUGACGGUGAAUACAGUAUCGAAACUCGAAGUGUUAGGAUUUCGGGUUUUCGCCAAGACGUCGCAUGUCACAUUGGUAUAUGUCAGUGUGUACGGACUUCCGGUCAGUACGAAGUCUUUGACCGGAAUUGACGGCUGCCCUCUUCCGGUUGAGCAGCCAGCCAACUACUCUCCUACUUCACUCUCAAGUGCACCAACUCCAAAGUUCCUCGAAGAGUCGUCACGGACAUUCCGGCAUCACUUUUCUUUUCUUUUUAGCACCUUCGAUUUUCUUCCCACGCCAACAAGCAACAUUAAACCGCUUUCCGACCCACCGAUAUUUGCCGAGCCGAUACCAAAUGUCACUGUGGCACUGGGAAGGGAUGUCAGUCUACCCUGUGUCAUCGAAAAUCUCGGAAGUUACAAGGUGGCGUGGAUCCACGUUGGGCGCCAAAUGCUGCUUACUAUUCACAAGCACGUGGUCGUGAAAGUACCUAGGUUUUCCGUGUCGCAUGACAAUCAGAAAACAUGGCUGCUUCAUAUUAAUAGUGUGCAACAGGAUGACCGGGGUUAUUAUAUGUGCCAAGUAAAUACCAAUCCAAUGAUAAGCCAAGUGGGCUUUCUUCAAGUCGUUGUGCCACCGAAUAUAUUGGAUUCCCUUUCUACGGAAAGCACCGUAGCAGUUCGAGAACAUCAGAAUAUUACUCUCACAUGCAAGGCCGAUGGAUAUCCGCCGCCGAAAUUAAUGUGGAAACGAGAAGAUGGUCAAGUAAUAAGCCUCAACAAACAUCAUAAAGUGAACUUGUAUGAUGGCGAGCAAUUAAACUUGACGAGGAUCACACGCAGCGAAAUGGGUGCUUAUCUCUGCAUCGCGACCAAUGGUGUGCCGCCCACGGUCAGCAAGAGGAUCACCGUCGAUGUCGAAUUUUCUCCAAUGAUCUUCGUGCCGAAUCAGCUUGUGGGUGCGCCGACUGGCACCAACGUAACGAUUGAUUGUCACACAGAAGCUUAUCCCCGUGCUAUGAGCUACUGGUUUCUAGGAGAUGAGAUGAUUCUCUCCAACGAGAAAUACGCGACGAAUAUCAUGGAGAACAGCUACCGCGCGCACAUGAGACUCACCAUCAGAAACUUGACAGCGAGUGACUUCGGUAGCUACCGGUGCAUUAGCAAAAACUCGCUGGGCGAGACGGAAGGAUCCAUCAGAUUAUACCCCAUUCCGAAGCCAUCGGCGGCACCGAAGGCGACGGAGAUCAAGAGCAGCGCUAACAAUGAAGGUGAGAGACCGAGCACGCCACCGCCAGCAAAAAGGCUGACCACCGUGUGGCCUUCGUCGUACAACCCAUACUCUCCGAAAAGGACAGAGAGACCACCUCAGCCGAGUGAGGAGAGGGUUGAGAGGCCCGAGCAGAAGCUACGUGGUGGCGAAAGUACAGGAAUAUAA